AUUACUUUUCAUUUCUCUCCUGUUGAUCCCGCUGCUAUUCUUCUUCUUCUGUUGCUUGCUACUUGCUGCUGCCCGGUGGGGGCACGCAUGGCCCCCGUGUGCCAUGCAGACGCCGCACCACUACGAGGCGCCCCCGCUCCCCCCGCGCCUCCUCAAGACCGGCCCCCCCGGGUUCGCGGAGCAAGACCCCCGCCACGGGACUCUGCACGGGGGGCCCCUCGGCGCCUCGGGGUACCCGGGGAGACUCCGCGCCGAGUCGGGAGCCGGGAACUUUUCCCAGCCCCUGCCGCCCUACCAGCUGAGCGGACGAGGGGCCGAGCCGCGGCCCGGUGAAGGCGGUGAGAAGCGGCCGUCCUUGCUGCAGGGCCCCGGAUGCACGGAACGCCGGGUCGGCAAGAAGGUGCGUAAGGCGCGCAGCAUCUACUCGAGCCUCCAGCUGCACGCGCUCAACCGCCGCUUCCAGCAGACGCAGUACCUGGCACUCCCCGAGCGCGCCGAGCUCGCCGCAUCUCUGGGACUCACGCAGACCCAGGUGAAGAUCUGGUUUCAGAACAAACGCUCCAAGUAUAAGAAGCUCCUCAAGCAGUCGGGAGGCUGCGGCGGAGAGACACCCGUUCCGUGGCUAAGUUCACACCCAGGAACGAUCGAUUACUCAGGCCCCGGCGCCUGGGACUCGCCUUUCAUGGCCCCACAGACCCCGGACAAAGCGGGGUCUCCCUCGGGCCCCUACCUCUCGGCCGUGUAUCCUCCACCCUGGAACAACAACAGCCGACCCGCGUCACACGCCCAUCAUCACAACCACCACCUCGUGUGAGAGAUGACCUUCCUAUUGGGGGUGUUGGGGUGCGGGGGCAGAGACCUCACCACUACCCAGGAGGCAACGCCCUCGGGAUGAUGAUGAGACGCCGAGUUAAAGGAACGUGGGAGUAACCGUUGUAUCUCCGUGCGAAGUCCGACGAUUCGGAGCAGCGAUGUCGCAACACUGAGGUGGGUCUCGUGCGAACGAGGGAAACAAGUGCUCGAGACGGAGACACGUGGAGAGAGAGAUAGAGAGACACGGAGAAAUGAAGAUGUACAUUGAGAGACAACGAGGACAGACACACCUUUUAAACUGAACUUUUUAUUUUACCAGGUAAGGCCCACUGAGCUAUAUGGCUCUUUUUCAGAACGAGACCUGGCUCAACGAAGUGGCUUAUCGUGUGGAAAUGUAUAACAGCUGAAUACUCUUAAACUCGUGUUUCUAAAUGUGGAGGGAAAAACAGGAGGACGCAGUGAAAAAUACAUUGGACCACGAGGAGAGAGAGAGAGACAUGCAAACUAAAUAUACAGCAGGCGUCAGGGUUGGGAUCGAAUCUACGACGUCCUGCAUACCAGGAGAGGGAGUUAACACCUCGCCACCGACAAAGUGAAAAGUGCAUACCUCGCUUGAGAGCAGCACGAAACGCUGAGUUUAUAUUUAAUGAAAAAAAACAUCGACAUCCAUUUCUUGCCACGCAGCUUCAUGUCCGCGGUGGUCGAUCUCUCGAGCGAGCUUCCUCCUUUGGCUGUCAUUCGAUCACCAGCUUCAUCCACCGGCCACCAUCAUCCUUCAUAGCCGACACCGUGCCUUGCUAAGACCCACUUUUGCCCCCCUUUAACCCGUCGUGUACGUCCCAGAAAUUACUGUUUUGUUCCCUGAUCCACGUGCUCCACUAUUCCCUCAAAUGUUAAUUCCAUAUCGUCUGUCGCGACUUCAUUGGGAAAUUUUCAGCCGUCGUUAAAUUCUCAGCGGUGCCCAUCAUGUCUGUAAUUCACGUCAUAUCUGGCAUCAACGUAAUAUCAAUACUCGAUGUUGUCUUGGUGGUUGUCCUGUGGAUAAAAUCGCCCGUGAUAGGAAUGUGGAAUCCCCUUCCCCAAGUGGCUCAGGGCUGUACACAUGCUCGAUGGUGCUGAUGAAAUUUACCAUCGUUAGUUUCGUUCGUUUUACCUGUCACGUUUAAACAUAUCUGCCUUGUCAAUGUGCCUUAGUCUGACUCCGUGGCCACUUGAAUACACCACGAGGCAGUGCUUCAUAUCUUGUACUGCAGCAUAAACGAGAAUGUUCAGGAUUUUUGUUUUUAUAUAUGUACGUGUGAAAACCAACACGGACGAUUGUUUUCACAAUGUCUCCGCAGCUGUAUGUGACGAUGCAAUGCAACACUUAGUGCGUGGUGAUGGUGGUGUCUAUUUUAACGCAGGGAAUAUGUGGCGUGUGUCUUGUCGUGCUGGAGCAAUUGAAGACAUUGAUUGUGGCUUCGCAAGCACUCCGUAGUUAAGAUGCCCCGUAUACGAUGUACAUCGUCUAUAACCCACAACUGUAAGACAAACUGCAUCGCUAUCGGUCGUGACCGUGUACGUGCAGAUUGUGCGAAUGAACAGCCCUUCAUCAAUCCACUGCUGGAUGAAGCCUUCACCGCGCCGUGCGGAUCGUUUUGACCAUACUUCUCCACGCUCGUCAAUGCGAUUGCAAUGCAUGUACGUUGAUCUCGAUCUUAAAUUUGGAGCUUUCGUGACUGCAUGAAUUACUCUUUGGUUCUUUCGGUAAAGUCACGUAUAAAGAUAAAAUAACAAAUUAAAUAAUAGUAUACGACGUUUCGAUUGCAACACAAGCAUUCAUCAUCAGCUAUAAAUAAAAUAGCAACAAAAAUCUAACCAGAAAACUAUAGACAGACAUAUAAGUAGACAGAUAUCACCAAGAUACAUAGAGAGAGAGAGAGUAACACAUAGGCACAG